AUGGAACGCGAAGAGGAGGCGGGCAAUGCAAGGGAGAGCGCGCGAUACACGGGAUCCUCCACGCCGGCUGGCAGCGCCGUGGAGAGCGAGCGGCACGGCGCCCCGGAGGUGUCCUACACGCCGGUCUUCUGCGUCUCCGCCGGCGACUUGCACGACGCGACCUCGGAGGACGCGGUGGAAUUCGACGAGGGCAGCGGUGCGUCUGCGACGGCCCACCACGCGGCCGUCUCCGAGUUGGGGGCGUGGGAAACCAGCAAUGCAGAGGAGCCGGAGAACGUCUACGAGCGAGCGUUUUUCAUUCACAGAAGCCAGACGCCCCCACUGAAGGCGCUCCUCGGUUUUUCCGGCACCCCCCGCGUGAGCCCGCAGGGCCAAAGCCUGCAUAGAGACCGGCACGGGUCUGUGCAUUUCAUAGCCUUUUCCUCCGCAACGUCCGAUAGAACCAUGAUUGACCACGGCGCCUCGCUGGAUCAUGUUGCGGUUCGAACACCAGAUGCGAGCUCAGGUGCCCGUAAAGGGGUUCUGCAGGCCUACCUCGCACAGUCGGUCAAAGGACGCCACGCACGAGCAUCUUGGAGCAACCCAAGAUUGCGCAAACUUUCUCUUACUGGCUCCCACGCGAGACAUGCCAGCUACAACGUGUACAGUUGCGUGGUUGGUGAUGCCCUCAGAAUUUCUGUUGGGGGAACGCGUUCCACCAGUUGUCCAGUUCGUCUUCCACGUACAGAGACGAGCUCGGGUCCGCCAGGUUCCUGUUGGGAGUGCUCCACCUGUCUGGCGCCGACUGAAACUCGCACUCCCUCUCUUUCUAGUACUUGCUGCGGUACGGGCGUCGUGCGACGGCAUCGCUCCGACGAGUUGCUGCAGUACCGCCUGGCUGUUCAGCAUGCCAAAAAGGGCAGGUACGGAUUGAGUAUUCGGGACGUUCUCGCAAACCCCGACGCCGCCGAUGAUGAGGAAGAGGAGCAGGAGGAAGAUAGUUUUGCCUUAUGUGAGUAA